AUGAAACAACCUAGAGGAAACAGAGGUGGCGGUUCUACCCUGAAAAGACUCAAAUCUUCUCUAAAAGAUGCUGGUUUAGUUGGCCCAGGCUUGCGAAAGGCAACUAGUAAGAAGAGCCGAAAGAAGGGAAACGUGUCAGAUGCCGGGAAAAACCUUUCUGAAAAAAGGCUCGAGUUUAUAAAGAACAGAGUUAACCCGUUUGAAAUAAAAGUUACUCGUGAGAAACAUGAAGUUCUCGGUCGAAAAGUUAGGGGUGUUCAGGGUCGACCCGGCUUAAAGAAGCAAAUUGGAAACGAUAAUCGAAAAAAAACGCUGCUAGCUGAGAUAGAGACAAAAAAUAAAGCUGGCGGAGUUAUUGAUCGUCGAUUUGGCGAGAGCAAUCCACAGAUGACCCCAGAAGAGAGAAUGCUGGAACGAUUUGCCAAAGAACGACAAAAACGCAGCAGCAGCGGUGGAGGAGGAAAAUCAACGUUGUAUAAUCUCGAUGACGACUUAACGCAUUAUGGACAAUCAUUGGCUGAGAUUGAUGAUUUUGAUGAAGUUGAUUUAGGGUUGAGUGAAAAUGACGAGAGUACUGAUAACGAAAAAGGGAUUAUCGAUAGUAAGACUGUUGCUACAAGCCAUUUUGGAGGUUUUAAUGAAGAAGACGUCUUCGAUUCACGUCCUCCGCGCCAAAAAUCAAAAAAGGAAAUUAUGGAAGAAAUAAUUGGAAAAAGUAAGAUGCAUAAAUAUGAAAGGCAAUUGAGUAAAGAGGAUGAUGAGCGUGUUAGAUACGAAUUGGAUGAGGAAUUGGAUCAAAUUCGUGAUUUAUUGAUCACUUCUUCAAGUGAUCAAAAAAAAAACAAUUCUUCAAAUGCUUUGAAAUCUGAGUCAAAUAAAAUUGAUGGUUCGUCAUCAAAACUGCAAGACCGGAAGCCGCAAGAAUCACAAGUUGAUGCCUAUGAUAGAUUCGUUCGAGAACUCGCUCUUGAAAAGCGUGGUAGGCCCACAGAUCGAUUGAAAACUGAGGAGGAAAUAGCGUUGGAGGAGAAAGAAAAGCUUGAAAAAUUAGAGCGUGCUCGGAAGCAACGUAUGGAAGGAAUAAAUUCCGAUGAUGACGAUGAUGAAACGGAUAAUAAACGUCGUAAAAAGCAAAAACGUGCUCCAGUGGCAGAUGACUUGGAUGAUGAUUAUAUAUCCGAUGAGGAAGAAGAUGGUGGUUUUGGUCUUGCGGAAAAGCAACCUAAAAAGGAUAGAAAAGAAUCGAAAGAGGAAUUAGCCUAUACUUUUCCUUGUCCUACUACACUUGAGCAAUUUCAAAAUAUAAUAGAGGAUGUCGGAGACAAAGAUGUAUCAGUAGUCGUGCAUCGUAUAUAUGUAUUGCAUCAUAUAAAACUCUCGCCUGGAAAUCGGGAAAAAUUAGAGACAUUUUUCCUAGUCCUUUUAGACUAUAUUCUUGUUCGGACUCUAGAAAAUCCGAUCCCUAUGGAGCUGCUUAAUAAACUUGUUAAGAACGUGUUCGAGCUUUCACAACACUUUUCCGAGCGAGCUUCGCAAUGGUUCAUUCAGAAACUCGAAGAAGCUCAAAAGAAUAUUGCAAAAGCUUUACCAAAUUCCUUUGAGGCAAAAAGCUUAAAAUUUCCUACAGCAAGCGAUCUUAUUAUUUUACGCUUAAUUGGGCAAAUAUUUCCCACCUCAGAUUUUCAUCAUUCAGUUGUCACGCCUGCUACGCUACUUAUGGGACAAUAUUUAACACAAUAUACAGUCCGCAAUGGUAGAGAUCUAUUAGUGGGAUUGUUCUUGUGCAGUUUAUUACGAGAGUACCAAGCUUUAUCGAAGCGAGUGGUUCCAGAAGUAUUAAAUUAUCUUUACGCGUCGCUAAUUUAUCUCGCGCCAUUUGAAACAUUUACUUCUAUCGACUCGAUUCCUGGAUAUUUUCCCAUAAAAGAGUUUAUCAUACCCAUACUUCAAAUCAAGGAUGCAAAGGGGAUUGAACCUCGGAAAUUAAAUUUUUCAGAAUUAUUGGGUAAUCCGAUUAAUAAAAAUGAACGUGAUAGCUACUUCGAAAAUGAUUUGUUUCGCGUUUCGGCAUUAUCUGCGUCUUUGGACCUCGUGUUACAAUAUGCAAAGAUGUACAAUUCAAAAUCGGCAUUCAUUGAACUUUUCACCCCUUCGUUAACUAUAUUAAAUCAACUUCCGGAAGAGAAAUUUUCGACUAAACUACAGACUGCACUCAAGUCCACAAAAGACACACUACAACGACUAUUAAAAUUCGCAAAUGAAGCACGUUGUCCUCUUGAACUACAACACCACAGAUCAAUCCCACUUGCCACCUACAUUCCCAAAUUCGAAGAAACCUAUUCGGUGGAACGUAAAUCUACGAAAAACCGUGAACAAGCACAACUUAAUAAACUCAAAGCACAAUACAAAAAAGAACGAAAAGGUGCAAUUCGGGAGUUGCGCAAGGACAGCCAGUUUAUUGCGCGUGAGAAAUUGAGCAAGAUCAAGGAACGCGAUGCUGCGUAUAAGAAAAAGAUUGGAGGAAUUAUGAAUAUAUUAGAGACGGAACAACACGAAAAAAAAUCGUAUGAGAAGUCAAAACGGAAACGAUAA